UUUAGAAAUGCAAUUUUUUUUCUUGAAUUGCGGUAUUGCUUAAGAAACAGCUACUGUAACCGAUACAGGAAUGUAUGUGUUACGUGUCUCAUACCUGUGCCUAAACCUAAUUCUGUAUUGGCCUGAUGACUAAAGUCAGUGGAUAGCAAUCUGAAUUUUAAAAAUUAUGACUUAUUCCCACUGUUGAACUUAUUUUCCGCCCCAAAAAAUCUGAGCCCUCCGUUGGUCAGGAUCAAUCAUGAAUGUUGCGUCCUAGCUGUUUAGAUACGCAAGCCAGGUCAGUAUGAUAUGGAGAGCAAGCUGUUGCCCAUGUAGCAAGCUCCCCCUCUCCAUGCAUCUGGUGAACCCAAAGGAAUGGCAGGGACCGAUACAGUUUGGUACCAGCAGCGUAGCAGAAGUUGCCAGUCAGCAUUGAACUGAACAUAGGACUGCCUAAUGGACUCCAGUUCCAGAUCUUCCCCUCUUGGUUUACUCAGGAAGCCUUCCUCAGAAGUGGGUAUAGUCGCAAGGCAUCAGAAGUUUGAGAUCAAAGUUCUCCUUCUAGAUGAGCUGCUAACCGCAGCUGAUGAGCCCCAUCUGCCCGAAGCGACUGGUUUUAAGGCGCCAUUUCUCCUGUCAGUAGAACUGGUUCAGAGCUCAGUAGCUAAGCCACACAUGAAGACCAGGAGCUGGACUUGGUUGUCAGAGGCUAUUGGAGGCAUACCCCAUUGGGAGCACUUAUUAGAUAGUGGAAACCUGUGCCUAUUACCACCCCAGCUAUAACAACCUUAAGGAACCCAAAAAUAUACUAUAUUUGAAAAUGAACUGUAGUGGAAUAUUGCACCAUGUAAUGUUUCACUAGUGUUAGGUUUGAGAAGUUAUUCUUUGGCCAGUCUCCACAUGGUCCAGUGACAAGACAACCCUGCACAAUGGCCUUUCCCAACAUAACCUAUGAGAUGGUUGUACCAAGUUUCAUUUCACGCCGCAGCACGUGGUUUUGCAUUGUUCGGAGUGUGCCUUGAUGCAACAAUUAUUUACAGUCAAACCCCACCCCCCCUUGCACUGGAACACGAACGGUAUCCAGGUCAGAUCCUGUUCUGUGCAGCUGCCCAGGCUAAAUCUUCACAAAGACCAGUGCAUCCCUGUCCAAACAUUCUUGGCAAGCGCACACUCCCCUGCUUUCAGGCUUCUUGAGACCAAAGGAAGAGCAGGCUUCCCCAACACAGUCCGGUGGAUCGUAAAUAUAAGUCAUGGUGUCUCAAGUUUUUCAUCAGUAAACUUGAUUUCAACUCCUAUUCUUUAAAAUAAAGAGAACUGGGCAGGCAAUUACAGGAUGGCUUUGGUUUUACUGGCCAGAUAUGAUCCCUGUUGCUAUUCUGAGUAAGUUACUGUUAACAGGCAUAAUUGGAGGGGAGAGUAUGGAAAAAAAAACUUCUGGAGACUGUCUUACAAAGCCAAAGAACUCCGUAUAUCUGACAUCUGAACACGAAAGGCUGUGGGGGAGAGAAAUGGUGAAGUGCUCGGAUAAAGCAUCAAUUCUACUUUCCCUGCUAUAGAUGCUGCCCGACUGGCACUCAAGGAACACUUGGAAAGAAUUGCAAGUGCUUACAUUGGAGCUUUGGACGGGGAAGGAAGGGAGUUUUACGUGUGAGGACUUGGUCUAUUGCCACUUCACCUCGGAGUGUUCCAAACCGAAGCACAGCACUCCUUGUUCUGCAAUUAUGGAAAUCAGAGCAUGCACUCAACUGGAAACUCCAGACAAACUAUAUACAUUUGUACUUAAGAUUCUGCAGACUCAGGUCAAAAGUCACUUGGAGGUGAUUUUUGAGGCCGUCAAUGAUCAGCAGUUGAAUCUGUGGACAACAAAUAUCAGAGAAUGCAUAAAUCCGUGGUCGGAGAGAAGUGAGGUGGAGCUGCUCCCUACCCCUCGUCCUGGCUCUGUGCAGACGGGCAGUGUCGACUGUGCCACGGAUCCAGUUCACCAGGGAGCCGCACAUCACUGCGCGUCAGAACAGCCCUACCACAAGACGGACCAGCUCUUCUCAUCCUAUGCCUGGUUUCAUGGUCCAAUCUCUCGAUUCAAGGCAGCUCAGCUGGUACAGAUUCCAGGAACCGAGGGUCACGGGGUCUUCCUUGUGCGGCAGAGUGAAACACAGCGAGGAGAAUACGUCCUCACAUUCAACUACCAGGGGAGAGCAAAGCACCUACGACUGCUUGUGACCGAAACUGGGAAGUGCCUCGUCCAACACUUCCGUUUCCACUCUGUCACAGAAAUGCUGAACUAUUUUGGAACAUUUGCAAUCCCCUUGGAGUGUGGUACAUCUCGAGAAGUCAAACUAUCUAGUUAUGUGGUGGCAAUUCCUUCACAGCAAGGAUCCUUUUCUCUGCGCAGUGCAUUGGUGUUGCCAUUUUCUGUCCAUCGCUCAAACUCUGAACCCAACCUUGCCCACUUGAGUCCUUCGGGCUGCAAUGUACCAGAAACUACUCAAGCUGGCCCAGAACAGGUGUUGCACACAGUGCCCCCUCCUGAGGAAUCUUUCAGCGGCCUGCGACGCAGUGGUUCAGUAGUUGUGCCAACUCGGCACCAACGAGACUCAGACUAUGACAUGGAAUCAGCUGCCAGGGGUCAUUCACGGGCUAUUGACAAUAAGUACAUGUUCCUUUGAACAGGUCUUGUAGACACAUUUGAUAAAUCAACACUGAAAAUGGUUUCAGGUUUUCUCUGAAAACAUGAAUGUAUUUUUCUGUUUCAGGGUUGAGCAGAAGGCAAAGGUGAGAAACCUUCAAACCAAAUCCUUGUUUACUCUGAAAUGUAUUCUUUCUAUUAGGCCUGUUGAAGGGUCUGUUUACAGCAUUAAUUUUUGUAGCUUUGCUCAUUUUUUUUCUUAACAUGUUUAACUAUGGCCCCAUUGGGCAUCGCAAUGAUUGUCUUGUACAAUUUGUACAUAUGUAUUGAAUAAAAAGUUUAAAGUACUUCUUUAUAUAAUGUUAUUUCUAUUAACCAUACUAAAAUGUAGUGAAAUUUCAUGAUUUUACAAUACAAGCACUUGCAGCAUUUAAAGGCUAAUUUGCAGCAAUUUUGUUCAGUUUACAUGUUCUAUCUAGUUUAAUGUCUGUAAUUAAGAAUGCUUCACUUGCCUGUGCUUUUGGAAAAGGUUUAACUGACAGUUCAGGAUUGUAAACACUAAGGUGAUGUAAUUUCUGGAAUGUUUUGCAAACUACAGGUGGAACUGGGCAUCCCUUCCCUAUUAUGGCUACUGCAAAAUUUACAAAUGAGCGGUUGGGUACAUAGCUUUGGUUAUAUUUAAUGACAUGCAUAAAAUCUGGGGUUUUUGAAGGGUGAAAACAAGUAGUGUCUCUGAGGUACAGUAUAAAGAAUAGUGGAUUUAUUUUUGUCAACAUGCAGACCAGUUAAAUGGAAAAUGCAAAUACUGGGGUAGCCUUAAUGAGAAGCGAGGAAAGCAAAAGACAAGUUAAUGACCUUUCCAAAAAAAAAUUUAUAAAUUUGACUUGCUUUAGCAUGACUAGGUCAGUAAAGAAUUCGUAGACAUUCUGGAUCUGAUGUACUGGGUGAGAGUAAUUUUGGCUUGCAAGUUUGGGGAAUGGGGGCAAUGGGAACGUUGAGUAGAUAAGCAUAAGAAUAUUGAGUUAUUAAAAACUGAGUUUGCUACAUUAAGUUAAUGCUUUCCAAUUGCUUUAAAAGUAUUGUGUCAUCCUGUAUUCUUCAAAGUGCAGAAGCAGGACACAAAACAAUCAUGCCCUGGGCCAUAAGACUAGCAGAACUGCAAAAAUUGGUUCCUGUGUGGGUGUCACAAAAGCCAAAGUAACAUAAGACAAUCUCCAUCUAACAUUAAUUGGCUUAUUUAGGAUUUGUUGUCCUUGAAGUGUGCAGAAUACAUCAGAGGGCAGAAUCUCUCUUAAGGUUCAGAUGCACCCUCUUACCUGGAACAGCAACUUGGUCCCCAAAGAUAGCUGUGCACAGUACAGCAUCUUGCAGCUUGCCAUCUAAACUCCAGUGACUAUAGGGCUAAUCAGCUAAACUGGCUUUGUCAACCUCUUCAUUCCAGGAAUCAAACAGAGUCACUUUUCUGCACAGCCUGUAAUACAAAUAUAUUCUUAAAUAGGGAGAGAAAACUGCAUCAGCACCCUGUAAAGGAGCAGCAAAGCUUUCUGCUUUGUUUUGAAUUAUUAAUCUGGCUGCCUCUACAAAAACUGCACUUGUUGCUGAUUAUUCUUCUGAUUUGUCUACAGCAUAAAGAUGGCGUGUAUCUAUUGGUCUGUUUUUUUUUAAGAAAAAGGAUAAGCAGUUCAUGAAUUGCCACAUUUAUAAAAAGCUAUCUCAAGCUUAAAUUAAAAACUUAUUUCUUAUCCAGGACACAUUUCAAGAUAAAACCUUUUAUCCAGUAUUUACUGAUUAAAUUUCAAUCCUACCUUUGACUGGGUAGUCAAAAAUACAAUCUGUCAAGGUAUAACAGAUUGUCUGCGAUCAGAGUUGAAUUGCAAAGAGGUAAAGACUGAAAAUUAAGAUUUCAAAAGCUCUAAAUAUUGCAAUCCAUUAAACAGCAUUGCAACCAACCUUGAGAUAACUAAAAGCAUGUUUUAUUUAGAAUUGGCAAAUACAUUAGUGUUUUUUCCCCAAAAUAUUCAUGUUUCACAUUGCACAUUUGAAUCAGUAAUAACUAUUAUAUUUGGAGGUAAUCUAUUUGAACUAUUAUUUGAUAGAUCUUUGUUGGAAUGACUUCUAUGCACAUAGGAGAGGAAAACUUUAUUCAAAUUCUGCUCCUGGAAGAAUGCAGAUACUGUGGGAAGGUGAGCCACAACAAACUAUGUCAUAAGACAUAGGAUCAGAACAAGGCUAUUCAGACCAUUGAGUUGAUGGGCUUAUUCUGCUCCUAUGUCUUAGGAUCUAAACUUUCACAAAUAUCGUUCUGGGGUUUGCAGCGGCAGCAAUGGAACUUAGGAGUCACUCUGAGUGUUACUUAAUUCCUCUACAAAUUCUGGUCCACCAUAUGUCAGGCUUAUUGUUGAACAAACUAUCCAGCAACCUGUGUGGAGGAAGAUGCAUUAUAAAUAACCAGUGACCAUUAAACUUGUAUUUAAUUAGUAACAAUAACAGCAAUAAUAAUGGCAAUCAAUUUUUGUGCACCAGAUAAUGUGAACUCAUUCCUUUACUUAAGAUUUUAUUGAAACGAUCUGGAGCAGUUGUUGGACCAGCAAUCUACACUUCUGAACCAGAGCCCAGUUCAAAUGCCACUAAAGUACUUUGCCAUCCAAGUUCAGCUAAUUAAACAAAUUAUGGAAUUUAAAAAGUGCAUCAACAAUGAGAAUCAGGGAAGUACCUGACUGUUGACCCUCAUCGGCUUAUACCUCAAAUGGCCAACAGAGACUCCAGUCUCUCAGUGCAAUGUGAUUCUUGACUUUGCUCUGAAAUAGUUAACUGCAGGCUCAAUUCAAGGAUAAUUCUGAAUGAACAUUAAAUGUUAGCAUUGGCAGCACUGCCCACUUCCCAAAAAUAAAAUAAAUAUUGUCAAUAUUAUAUCUAUGACAAAAGUGUUCCGGUCAAGGGAAAAACGCUUUAUUUCCCUUUGAUGUUCCAAUAACAGUUGAAGAAAUUCUGAGCUCCUGUUAUGGAAUUUAUAGUAAUUCAGGAAACACUAUUUUGAUUAUUAUAUCUUUUGUAUGAACUGUGCCUUCAGUUUUAAAGUACUAGACGCUCUUUCAUUUUCAAUCAUUACACCAAUGAAGCCCAGUCUCAAUUUGAAUUUCAGUGAACUGUAGAUUUGGUUUUCUAAGCAUAGAAAUUGUGCACUGAUAUGAUACACUACAGGUAUCCGUAAUUAUUUUGAAAUAUUCAAUGUAAAGAAUGCGAACGUUAAAUGAAAUUUGGUAGUCAAAUGGUUAUUUGAAUAAAAGAAUUGUAAUUGUAUAGUUUUAGUCAGUUAUUUGGUUGUCAAUGUUUUUAGCAAGGAAAAAGUGUAACAGAACACAGCAAGAUUAAAAAUUAAAAUGUAUCAAUACCAAAUUUCAUUUAGUGGCUGCUGUAUACAAUUGAAAAGUGCACUUGGACUUUAUUAAAAAUUAGGGGAUUACAUCAUGAAAAUGCAUGUUCAAGAUUCUAUCAGAUUGUUCACUCUCUAGAUUAAAUUUAUAUGGUGCAGUCAUUGUUCAGAAAUGCUCAUCUCAAAGUUACCAAGCAGUGUUAACAAAUGUUCAGAUUAUUUUACAUGAUGACUGCUAUGCUGUAUUUUUAUCAAUUAAUAAAACUGUCCAAAUUAUCGUUAUUGACAAUUCU